UUUUCUCUCCAUCCGUUAGUGCAGAUCCUAGACCACCAAUCUCUAUAUAAAGGAUCUUACAAACAACAAUCUUAUAACACAAAGCCAACAAAACUAAAAAAGCCAAUUCAGAGUCAUGGCUCACAUGAUGUUCUUCAUUUCUUUCCUAGUUUCUCUAGCAACCUUGCAAGCAACCCAUGCAGUCGAAUACAGUGCCACCAACAACGUCCCAAACACCCCCGGAGGAAUCCGAUUCACCAACGAAAUUGGGCUCGAAUACAGCAAACAAACACUAGCCACCGCCACAGAGUUUUGCUGGAGGACCUUCCAGCAGAACUCCGAGGCAGACAGAAGGACCACCCCACGACUCGAUUUAUCAAUCGAGGACAUAGAUGGAGUCGCCUUCAGCAGCAACGACCACAUUCGCGUCAGCGCGAAGUACAUAGAAGGGUACUCCGGUGACGUUAAAAGAGAAAUCACCGGAGUACUGUACCACGAGGUGGUCCACUCGUGGCAGUGGAACGGGAAUGGGCAGGGCCCCUCUGGAUUGAUAGAAGGAAUUGCGGACUUUGUGAGGAUGAGGGCCGGGUACACCCCGAGUUACUGGGUGCAGCCGGGGCAGGGUGACCGGUGGGACCAGGGUUACGAUGUAACGAUGUGGUUUCUCGAUUACUGUAAUGGUCUGAAAAACGGAUUCGUGGCCGAAAUUAACAAGAAGUUGAGAGAUGGUUACAGCGACAACUUCUUUGUGGAGAUUUUGGGGAAGUCAGUUGACCAGUUGUGGAGUGAAUACAAGGCCAAGUAUAACAAUUAGAGCAUUUAUUGCCAUAUGUAUGAAUAAAAAUUGACAGUACAUUGUAUUACGAAAGAGUGAGUAAAUUGUCUGAAUAAAAGAAAAUUGAAAGAUUA